AUGGGCAUCCAGGUGUUCAGUCAGAUAUACUUUCACAUCAGUGGUUACCACGAGUGCGGAGAUACCCUACGGACCAUAAGUAUGUCCGUACGGAUAGUAUUUUCAUUUUAUCAGCUGUUCAUUGCAUUCAAGUAUUCAAACAUCAUCAUAAACAGAUACCCAAUCCUGAGCAGAUUUGCCUUGAUGCAUUUGUUGGCCACCACACUGUCCUCGUGGUUCAGGACUAUUAUCAGUGAGGCUAUGGACGACUACGUGGAUAAUAUACAUAAUGAUAAUAUUAAUAAUCUCACCGGCGACCUUAUUUUUCCGGACUACAUGGAGCAUGAAAUAUAUUGCCUGGAUAAAGCGGUUAUUAGCGCGAAAUCAAUGUCUAUAUUACCCUACUUAUAUCCGUUUACCAUUGAGUUUAAUAUAAUUAUGGCGUCCAUUUGGUUCAUGUGCUGGAUCAACAUAGGCAAAUCGACAAAUAACAAAUGCCAGCAUACCAUAAACAAAUCGGUCAGUCAAACCCAUAUAUCCAACAUUGAGCAACAGGCACAAACUGACCCGGACACUUGGAGUACAUUGUCAAUUGGCACCCAAUGUCACGCCAGUAAUCGGGGUCUAUUUUGCGGACUAACAGCCCUAUUGGCCACUGCCGUCACAAUCAUCAUAUUUUUCGCCACCCAGUCCUAUGACUACUUCGGGAUCAGCCUAUACUCGGCACAGAUAUCCAUAACCACUCUCAUUGGUUGCGCUAUAAUACCCAUUGCCUACUGUAAAACACGGCGCCUGGAUGUUGUUUGUCCCGAGCAUUUUGACAGCAAUAAGAUGCUUAUGGACGAUCUACUAGUGUUGAUACCGGUGCCCUUUUUCAUGCUACAUUACACCUUGUUAAUAAUGGCUGAAGUAGAUGAUGGAUCACCAGUUAGUAUCAUACUUAUCGUGGUAUACGUGCUGACAAUAAUCCAGGUGCUCAUGCAAUCGCCGUUCAUAGUGGACGGCCUACGU